AUGACGAGCGAGUUCGACCCUCGUGACUGGCAGAAUUCUGUGGCGGAGUCUGCAAAUUGUGUCCACUACCCAAAGUUGUAUUUCUUUGUAUUAAAACUAAUUCUUAUUUCCAUCUUUCCAGGCAAAUGGUGCCCAUCGCGGCGCGAAUGGUCAUCUCCUCCCGACGUGGCGCGGCGGGUUUACUCCUCAGUAUUCCUGGGCAGUCCCGGUGAUGCGAGCAACGCGAGUAUCGGCUCUGGGGAAGGUACUGGCGAGGAAGACGACGACACCAAUGGAAAGAAGAACCAGAAGAAAAGAGGCAUCUUCCCGAAGGUGGCCACCAAUAUCCUCAGAGCGUGGCUGUUUCAGCACUUAACGCACCCGUACCCUUCGGAAGACCAAAAGAAACAAUUAGCACAAGAUACAGGGUUAACGAUACUACAAGUUAAUAAUUGGUUUAUCAACGCGAGACGUAGGAUAGUGCAGCCAAUGAUAGAUCAGUCAAAUAGAGCAGUAUUCCCGCACGCCGGCCCCAGCGGCGCGUACAGUCCCGAGGCCACCAUGGGCUACAUGAUGGACGGCCAGCAGAUGAUGCACAGGCCACCCACGGACCCUGCCUUCCACCAGGGCUACGCACACUAUCCAGCGGAGUAUUACGGCCACCACCUCUAAUGCAACUUGCAUUCUUGUACAUAUAUGAAUAAUGUUGACAUCGCUCGGGCACAGGGCCGUCCGCGAGCCGCUGCCGCUCUCGCUGGGGCCGACCAACGCCUUAUGUGAUACUAUCACGUGAUAAUUACAGGAGAACGAUGCUACAUGUACAUAAAAAACUAAACUAAAAAAAAAAACGCGACACUUUUGUAAUAUUUGAAACAGUAUACGAUCUCCUAAAAUUAAGUUUUGAAGUCAACUUUAAUGGUUAAAGUAAAUAUGUAAAUGUUAUACGCGAAGUGACAUGGACGCUGAAACAAACGGUGCAAUCACCUGGCAUAAACAACGGUUUUAUCACUCGGAACAAUAGGAGCAAAGUUGAUGAAUGUAACAAUAAUGUGGUUUGAUAGUUAUCCUAUAAAUAUUUAUAGCUAAUUGUGUAUUGUUAUUACGUAAAAUAUAAAUAAAUAAUUGAAUAGUUGUGUAAGUUGUAACUAUCACAGUACUUGGGUCGCUGUCGACAGAAAGGUAACAGAUAUGGGACUUUUUUGUAAAAGAGUUGUAUUAAUAGGUUUUAGGUUUUCGAAGCAAGUUUCUUUGUUACAAGGAGCGGGAGGCCUGUACUGCUGCACUGCUGCACUGUUGCAGCCUCCGACUCCUGGCAAAUGUAUUUACCUGUAAAUUGCGUUUACGUGUUGCGUCUGUUACCUACCAACUAAUUUAUUAAAUGUAAUUAUCAAGCUCAAAUUGUACAUCUAUUACGAAUGUCAAUUUCUUGAGAAUUAAUUGUCCGUGUUUAAUUUACAGCAAACAUUUUGAAUACAUAUCUUUGAAUUAUAUAUUUAUUGUAAUGAUAUUGUAUAUCGAAUAUCGUUUCUCACCUUGCCUUGGUGUUCGAUAGUGUAGCACAAUUUGUAACCGAUGUAUACGAAUCACAAAAUGAUAUUUUACAAUGUUAAAAAAUGAGAUUUUUAGGUCUAUUUUUUGUCUUGUGGAUGAUACCUGAUAUUGAUUGCCUUCUAUGUUACCAGGAGACCAUACACAUGCAGGUGGGCAGAUUAAAAAAUAAGUUGAAAACGUGAAUGGCAGCGUUCGGGAGGACGAACGAGUCAGUUGUUUAUGUUUUUAAUCUGUGCAUCUCUCACACAUAUAAUAUUUAUAAUUGUGUGAUUUUCACGACUGAUGAGAAUCUGUGAGCUUCUCCUAGUUUACAAAUACUCCGUGGUGUGGGAAUAAAGUAUUCGAAUAAAUUGUGAACGUAUUGUGGAAUGUAACCAAUCGGAGUCGCCACGGAAACGUGACUGUGAGUGUUAAUUAUAAAGUAAACGAUGUUUUUCAUGUCAUUAUUUGUGAACGAACGGUGAUGCUGAGUUUUGUCUAAAGUAUAAUCACUGUUGUAUAAAAUAAUAUAUUGAUAAAACAUCAAAUAGUUGAAUUAGUAAAGUGUAAAGAUGAACUAUGAAAAUAUCAAAAAUGUAUACGAAUACGAUUGUAAUGUGAAAGGUAAUCGCUCACAGCGCGGUGUAGUUACGAGUUUUCCAAGAAUAAUGUCACGUGAACCACUUUAUAGUAAUGCGACGCAUUACAGCCUUAUGUCAUGUAUACGAUCGGGAGAUUUAAUGUCAUCAAUGGUCCUAGCUACGAUACUUUGAUAGCAGACUAAGUUAUCCGAGAACAAGCUUUAUUCUAGGCUAAUUACGACCACCAUAUUGUCUUGUAAAUUGCAAUACGACUGUUUGUGGCGUUAUUUAAAAAUAUAUAAAUAUAUCUAAUACUAAUUAGCACCUAUGUUUCAUUUUGUCAAUACCUGUUAGCGAAAUAAUAUGAAAGAUUUUAUCUAUUCGUUUUAGUGAUACGAAUUUUUAAAAUGGAUUAGUAAGGGUCUCGGGAUGUGUUGGACAGUCGUAUCGCAACUUAGCGUCUCAUAUAGAACCAAGUUUGUUAACUUUUGUAAAUAAUUAAUCAUCAAAAUAUUAUUAUACAUAUGUCAUUUUUACUUUGUAUAAAUACGUUUUCCCAAUGAAGUCUCAGUAUUAAAGAAAUUGGAAAGAAAGUAUUUUUUUUUUCACUUGCAA